AUGAGCAGCGGAGCAGGGAAGGUCGUGUGCGUCACCGGUGCGUCCGGAUACAUUGCUUCAUGGCUCGUUAAGCUUCUUCUCCAGCGCGGCUACACCGUCAAGGCCUCUAUUCGCGACCCAAAUGAUCCAACUAAGACAGAGCACCUGCAUGCGCUUGAUGGAGCUCAAGACAGACUUCAACUUUUCAAAGCAAAUCUGUUGGAAGAAGGUUCUUUUGACUCUGCUGUUGCGGGUUGUGAAGGCGUAUUCCAUACUGCAUCUCCCUUUUAUAAUGAUGUCACAGACCCAAAGGCAGAACUACUUGAACCUGCAGUAAAGGGGACCCUUAAUGUUCUUAAUUCGUGUGUGAAAUCACCAUCAAUCAAACGGGUGGUUUUGACAUCUUCUAUGGCUGCUGUAGCAUAUAAUGGAAAGCCUCGAACUCCUGAUGUCGUAGUUGAUGAGACUUGGUUUACAGAUCCCGAUGUUUGUAAGGAAUCAAAGCUUUGGUACGUGCUUUCAAAGACUUUGGCUGAAGAUGCUGCAUGGAAAUUUGUAAAGGAGAAGGGUAUUGACUUGGUUACAAUUAACCCCGCAAUGGUGAUAGGUCCUCUGUUACAGCCAACUCUUAAUACAAGUGCUGCAGCAAUUUUAAAUGUUAUUAAGGGAGCUCGAACAUUUCCAAAUGCAAGUUUUGGAUGGAUUAAUGUUAAAGAUGUUGCCAAUGCACAUAUUCAAGCAUUUGAGAGGCCUACCGCUAGUGGCAGAUAUUGUUUGGUUGAGAGAGUUGCCCACUUCUCAGAAGUUGUGAGAGUUUUACGUGAGCUGUACCCUACUUUGCAACUUCCAGAGAAGUGUGCAGACGACAAGCCUUUUGUGCCAACAUAUCAGGUGUCCAAGGACAAGGCGAAGAGCUUGGGUAUCGAAUUUAUUCCACUAGAUGUCAGCCUCAAGGAAACAGUUGAAAGUCUGAAGGAAAAGGGUUUUGUCAAUUUCUGA